AUGAGUCAUUUUUGUAGAAUUAAAGCUUUUGUAAACAUAGAACGAAAGGCCAAUUCGUUUUGUUUAACUAAUACGACUCCGUUGUUUGAAAAAUUUGUAAGAAAAGUGAAAAAUGAGUACAUAAAGUUCCACAAAGAACGAGAUCCUUCGAUGAUGAUAUUAGAAAAAGCAUUGGAUAGCACGAAUGAAAAAUGUUAUGAUGAGACUCUUAUGGAAAACAAAGCAUUCAAUGAUUCAUUCCAACAAAUCAGAACUGACAAAGAGUUGCCAUUCUCAAUAAUGCAAGAAGUUUAUUGUUCAAAACUGAAUCCAAGCAACGUUGUUAGUUUUCCCACCCAACAUCUUCUGAAAACAUGUUAUUUUAUUAAAAGCAAUCUGAGCAAAGAAGUCUUUUAUAAAAUUCAACGCCAGCACAAAAUCUGGUGGAUGAAGUAUGGAGCAAGUCCUGGGAAAUAUACAAUCUCUGAUCUCAAAAACGAAUCACAUUUUAAGUAUGUAAAUAUAAAGUUCGAAAGUGAAGAUUUAGCAUUAGAUGUUGAACGAUUAAAGCUACUUUCUCUGAAGAAUGUCUCGAAAGAAAACUUUGUUCUUAAUAAUUUUCUAUUCCGGGAAGCAAACAAAAAAAGAGACAUUAUUCCAGAUGUGAUUGAGACAACUGUUGAUCUGCAUAUUGCUUCGCUUGCUCUUUUGCUCGAUGCUGUGAACUUCUCAUCAGAAUACAUUGCUUUACAUCGAAGAUCGGCUCCUUAUCAGUUGGCACUAAUUAUCAGUGAAGCAUCUAACGAUUUGAUUGAUUUAGCCCGUUACAUUGAACUUUUAAUAUUAAAUACUGAACCUGAAAUCGAUAUUCUCAACGAUGCAGUCAAAAUAACAGUAAAUAAACAAAGUCUCAAUGAACGACUUGAAAAUUUUGAUCAAAUAGGAAUUCCUUAUUCCAUAAUUUUGGAUAAAACUUCUCUGGAUGAAGGCUUUCUCAAAUUAAGAAACAGGAACACAACAUUAAAUGAAACUAUCCACUUGAGUGAUGUCACGAAAUAUUUAAUUAAUAUUUUUAAGUCCCCUUGA